CGUUGCAGUGCCAUGCUGCGGAGUGAUGUAGCAAGACGUAGCUGGCACAUAGCAAACGUUAGCAAGGUUGUUUUUUUAAUAUACAAAUCCUUAAAAUCUGUCUAUUUUAGAAGCAAAAUGGAUAUACUGAAUUCCAUCUAACGCCAACGGCCUGCUGCGCCUUUCCUGCUACCUGACACACGGACAUCUUGUUUCUGACAUAUCAGGAGGAGUGCAGAGACAUAUUUUGACUUCAUUUUGUCGCCGGUGCAGAUCGUGUUGUCGUGGAGCUCUCUCCGGCCCACCAUGGCGUGGCCCUGUAUCAGCAGGGCGUGCUGCAUGGCCCGCUUGUGGAACCAGCUGGACAAGGCUGACAUUGCGGUGCCUUUGGUCUACACCAAGUACACGGAUGCUUCGGAGAUGCAGCACAUCAAGCUGCAGCCGCCGCACCACCUUUCCCAGGGCCGCGUCGCCAUAGAAACGCAGCCGUCUCGCGCGGAGACCGGGGCCACAACAUCUGCUCGGCCGCCGCGCAGGUGCGUCUCGGAGGACCGGGUGUGCAGCUCGGUGAUGCGCGAGGACUUUAAACACUGGAACGUGCGACCGGAGCCGAGCUGUAAACCCAAGAACGAGUACCACGAACCGGAAACCCCGUUCAACAGCGAGACCCAGUACCAGAAGGACUUCAAACCCUGGCCCAUCCCGAAAAGGUGCGACCAUCCCUGGAUACCCAAACAGCUUCCCUCCGCCGACCGGGCUGCGGACAGGUCCAGGCACGGGAAGCAGCCGGCGGAAGCGGACAGCGGCGUGGAGAAGAGCGCCACCGCUGACCAGGUGCAGGAGAAAGACCUCCCGCAGGGGCAGGGAAGGAAAACGAAGUCCAGUAAGCAAGAGGGGCAGAAGAAAGUUGUCCUGAAGGUGGAAGAAGAGGGCAAAGGGAGGGCGGCGGCGGAUGCUGUGAACAGGCAGAUCAAACAGGAGAUCACAGCCGACAGCUCGUACAAAACUGAGUACAAGGCGUAUAAAGAUGUGAAGCCGGCAAAGAUGAUCCGGGCCCGGUCCCAGUACCUGCCACCGGAUGAGAGGACCAGCCUAGAGACCAGCUACAGUGCCACAUACAAGGGCCAAGCCCCGCUGAAGCCUGCUGACAACAAGGCCCUGGAGAGGAGGAGGAUACGCAGUUUGUACAGCGAGCCUUACAUAGACCCUAUCAAACAGGUUGACAGGUACAGUGCCCUCCGCACUAAGCCCAAAAGGCCUGGAGCCGCAGCGGCGGCCAAGCCAACGAAGAAAGCCAAAGAUAAGCAGAGCGCCGCGCUGAGGGGCUCCAAGAAGACGGCCUCUGAGAACCAGCUCGAGAACCGGCCAGCGGUGGGGGACAAGGAGAAAAGUAAAGAGAUGAACAACAAACUGGCUGAGGCAAAAGAGGUUGUGCUAAAACAGUACCACUACAUACAGCUCUGCCAGCCAAUCCGAGAUAUUGGCUGGGUGCAGACUCUAAAGCAACACCUGUGGGGCUGUGCGCUACCCAAUCCAAGUCACAGUUUUUUGUUUGUCUCACCGCAUUGCCUCCGGUCCACUCCUCCGGUCACAGCUCUUAUUAAUAUUUAUCUCCCAUAUGGACACUCGAGUGUCUGACUAGCUGCUGUCACACUCUCUGUGUAAGAACCUUACAUGUGAGGAGGCCCCAGAUUUUGCUCUACAUUUCCCCCCCCCCCCCCCACCGCCGUUAUGAUUUCAACAUGCACGCAGCACCAGACGGAUUACAACGAGCGGUGAGUAUGAAUGGAAAGAGGGAAGCUUUGGGAGCACACAGUGCAAAAGGAUGUUGUAAGAGCAUGUUAAUGAUCUUCACUCUGUGCUGCUUAUUGAUCUUUAUUCAAAUGUGUCUUGCAUAUUGUAGAUAUUCUGUCACAGAACACCCCGAGACCCUCAUUGCACUAUUGGUAUCCUGGAGUUCAUAAUGUUACAGUGACUUACUGGAUGGGUCGAAGUCGAGAUUUAAACCAAGGGCCCGUAUUGAUCUCAAUGCGAAGCGGUCCAAUGCAUCGUUAGAAAAAGACAAAAAGCUUUGAUUCACAUGUGUAUUCUAAAACACAAUGGCUUGUAUAGGAGUUUGUUUGUAAUAUUAGUGAUAAGCAAACAGGCCCCCGUGGCGAUGUUGUGUCUUCGUCUCAUGUUAAGCUCUGGGCCCGAAGACAGAGGCCUGGUUUUCUCCUCUGAAAUGAGCGGUCACCGGGUGCUCCGCCCAAUGGCUUGUUGUUGCUCGCCCGGGACAAAUGCCUCAUCGUGUGUCUCUUUCUGUCUCCUUCUUCUCUGCUGUCUUAACCAUGUGCUGCCUCCUAGAGAUGCUAAGGACGAGGUUCUCCGACCCGGUCAUCAUCAUACCCAGGGUGCUGCUGGAGGAGAACCACCAGCACCACUGCUGGAGAGAGCCGA